UUUGAAAACAUUUUAAUUCAAUCAGUAAUCUUUUAACUUUAGUCGCGCUUACAGUUCUGUGGCGUAUGGAUUCGGAUAAAAUCAAACUCAAUUCCUAUAAACACGAUGAAAGGUUUAGUGAAUCCAGCUCAGAAAGUGAAAGUGAUUUGGAAGAUGAGAUACCAGAGCGUAGACAAGAUUCAACGAGUGACUUACCGUCUGAAUAUUGGCAAAUUGCGAAGUUAAUCAAAUACCUAAAGGGUGGAAAUCAAACAUCAACUCUCAUAUCUUUAUGUGCUUUGAAAGAUAUGCCUUUAAAAACUGAAAUUUGUCAACUUGCCGUUCGUGAUGUCGGGGCAGUUGAAGUAUUGAUUAAUUUACUUGAAACAGAUGAACUUCGUUGUAAACUUGGUUCAUUAAAAAUCUUAAAAGAAAUUACUACAAAUCCACAAAUUCGUAAAACUAUUAAUGAUAUUGGCGGUCUUCAACCGCUUGUCAAUUUGUUACGUAGUCCAAAUCGCGAUUUAAAAUGUUUAUGUGCUGAAGUAAUAGCAAAUGUGGCUAACUGUCAUCGAGCAAGACAUACGAUCAGACGAUUCGGUGGAAUUAAACGUUUGGUUGCUUUACUUGAUUGUCCAAGUUUAACUGGUACAUCAAUGACUAGUGAAGUUGAAAAAGAUAUUGAAUUAGCCCGAUGUGGUGCAUUAGCUUUGUGGUCAUGUAGUAAAUCUAAAAAGAAUAAAUUAGCUAUGGAAUCUGCAGGUGUCAUAUCAUUAUUAGUGCGUUUAUUAAAAUCUCCACAUGAUAGUAUGGUAAUUCCAGUUGUGGGAACAUUGCAAGAAUGUGCAUCUGAAGAAAGUUAUCGUGUUGCAAUUCGUACAGAAGGUAUGAUUGGAGAUUUGGUGGAAAAUUUAAAACGUGACAAUGAUGAACUUCAAAAGCAUUGUGCUUCAACUAUAUUUAGAUGUGCAGAAGACCCCGAAACACGUGAUCUUGUGCGUACACAUAAUGGUUUAGAACCAAUGGUAUCACUGUUAAGUAAACAAUCUAAUAAAGAAUUAUUAGCGGCUGUCACCGGUGCUAUUUGGAAAUGUGCAGUUUCAAAAGAAAAUGUGGAACAAUUUCGAAAACUUGGAACAGUUGAACAGCUAGUUGGUUUAUUACAAGAUCAACCAGAAGAAGUUUUAGUAAAUGUUGUCGGUGCACUUAGUGAAAUGGCAAAAGAUCCAAGAAAUAGUAGUACAAUACGCAAAUCUGGCGGGAUUCCGCCAUUAGUUGAACUACUCACACGAACAAAUCAAGAACUGCUUACGAAUACAACUAAAGCUGUUGGAAAAUGCGCAGAAGAACUUGAAAGUAUGAGUAUCAUUGAAAAUUUGGACGGUGUACGUUUACUUUGGUCUUUGUUAAAGAAUCCUAAUCCAAGCGUACAAACCAAUGCUGCUUGGGCUUUAUGUCCAUGCAUUCAGAAUGCAAAGGAUGCUGGUGAACUAGUACGUUCAUUUGUUGGUGGUCUUGAAUUAAUUGUGAGUUUGUUAAAUUCAAAGGAUGCAGAGGUUUUAGCAGCUGUUUGUGCGGCUGUUUCGAAAAUUGCCGAGGAUGAAGAAAAUCUUGCUGUGAUUACCGAUCAUGGUGUAGUCUCACUGUUAUCACGUUUGACAAAUACGAAAGAUGACCACCUUCGACGUCCACUAACCGAUGCUAUAGCAAAAUGUUGUACAUGGGGAACUAAUCGUAUCGAUUUCGGCCGUGCAGGAGCUGUUGUACCCAUUGUUCGUUAUCUGAAAUCAUCAGAUCCAAAUGUUCACAGAUCAACUGCUAAAGCAUUAUUUCAAUUGAGUCGUGAUCCGAAUAAUUGUAUUUCAAUGCAUCGAGUCGGUGUGGUAAAGUUAUUAUUAAAAAUGGUUGGUUCCUCAGAUUCCGAACUUCAAACUGCUAGUGCUGGUUGUAUCAAUAACAUCAGGAGAUUAGCUUUAACAAAUGAAAAAGUUAAUUUAACAAAAUUAUAUGAAAAAAGUAAAUUUAAUGUAGUUAAAAAUGUAACUGUUAAAAAGCCAUUGAAAAAUAAAUCAAGUCGUCAGCAUCGAACACCUGAAGAACAAGACAAAGAAGAACUACAACAAAAUCAUUCAAUUGAAGAAUCCGAUUUAAAUGCAAAAUUCAAUGUCAGUGAAGGUCAUACUACUAAUUCCGAUGAUACAGCAGUUCGUGCAACAUUAUCGGAUAGUACAGAAGCACCUUAUAGUAAAGCGCGCAAUUCCCUAGAAGCAACACCGAACCUUGUAAUUGAUUCAAAAAUUCCAUCACCGAAAUAGGACAGAAAAUUUUUUUCUAGAUUUAGCCAUCUUCAACUUAUACGUCACUGUGUAAUUAAACUGAGAUUAAAAUAGAACUAAAUAUUCACUUAAAGAAGUUUGUGGGGUAUAUAUACAGAUAUAUCCUUAUAUUCUGAUUGAUAGUCAUAA